CCGGACUGUGAAUGGUGUGACACACCGACAUGGUAAACGUUUGUUUUGGUCAUCUUUUAACGCGUUGAACCAACGUACAGUCAUCAUGGACGACCGUGAGCUGGACCUCACGGAGGCACAGAAAAUUACAAAGUCGAAAUACCCGCCAAUCAACAAGAAGUAUGAAUACCUGGAUCAUACAGCAGAUGUACAAAUUCACUCUUGGGGAAACACUCUCGAGGAAGCCUUCGAGCAGUGUGCCAUGGCCAUGUUUGGCUACAUGACGGACACAGAGACGGUGGAGCCGAUCAAUACCGUUGAUGUGGAAUCAGAGGGGGAUGACAUGGAGUCUCUUCUUUUCCACUUCCUCGAUGACUGGUUGUACAAGUUUAGUGCAGACCUCUUUUUUGUUCCCAGGGAGGUCAAAGUCUUGCACAUCGACAGAAUGCACUUCAAGAUCCGCUCCAUUGGUUGGGGUGAAGAAUUCUCUCUGGUAAAGCAUCCACAGGGAACUGAGGUGAAAGCCAUCACAUACUCCGCAAUGCAGAUCCACGAUAUUGAAAAACCAGAGAUAUUUGCGAUCAUUGAUAUCUGACAAAACCUCAAAAGGCAGAUCACAAUCCUGGUUCAAUGUAACUGGAAUAUCUACUUGGCCAAUUUAAGUGGCCUUUUAUCGAUUGCACUGACUCUUUACUUGGAAAAUCUGUUUUUAUUUUUGUAUGCUGAACUGUUUGCAAACACCCACAUUUAGCAACAUUUUUGUUCGUUUAUAGAUUACAGAUUGGUGAUAUGUCACUGAUAUUUUAUACAUUUGAUCAUUUCACAAAUCACAAAACCAUGGAAAUAAUAUGACGUUUUACUUAAAAUCACAAUUCAAAAGUAAAACUCUAAUUUUGAACAAUGGAAUGUUUGUAACGCAUUGUGUUAACCCAGUUUUACUUUAACUAUUUUGGAAAAUUCUCAUUUAACACAAAUUUGACAUGAAUUGUGUCCGCCUUGAUUGUUUUAAAUAAAUCAACAGAUUUUUAUUUUUUUCAAUGUGGGAUUGAUUACAUAGUUAUUGGUAUUUAAAAAUAAAUAUUGAGUGAAAAAUGAA